UUGAAGAUAUAGUACUCUAUUUAGAAUGGAAAAAAAAAAACACUUCAAAUAUUUUACAAAAUUUCAGAGUUUAUGAACAAAGCUUGAAAUUACUCUUAUAAGAAAAGUGAGAGUAAUAUAUAGGAAGAUAAACUAUUCUUUGUAAAAAGGAAAGAAAAUCUAUUCUUAGUCAUAGCUAUAAUUAGUGGCAUGGUCAAUUAAUAAGACAAUAAAAAAAAAAUUAAUGCUGUAACUUCAAAUUAAUGAGUCCAACAACGUGAUAAGCCAUAUACUUAGUAAAAAUCACCCUUUUCGUCACUAUAUAAACAAAUCUUGGGCCAAGAAACUAAACAAACACACACCAAAAGAAAAGAAAAACAAAGAUUAUGAAGUCGAAACUUAAGUUAUCAUUCAUAGCUGAUAACAACUUUAGGAGAGCCACAUUCAGGAAGAGAAAGGGAGGGAUAAUGAAAAAACUCCAUGACCUGACAACUCUCUGCGACGUCAAAGCAUGUGCGAUAAUCUACAGUCCGUACGAGAAUCCAGCGGUGUGGCCGUCAACCGAAGGUGUUCAAGAGGUGGUUUCGAAGUUUAUGGAGAUGUCGGUGACAGAACAAUCCAAGCUAAUGAUGAAUCAUGAGACCUACUUGCAGGACAGAAUUACCAAAGAAAAAAAGAAACUAGAGAGCCUACGUCUUGAAAACCGAGAAUCUCAGCUUACACAAUUUAUGUUUGAUUGUGUUAAAGGCAAGAUGAGUGAGUAUCAGUAUGAUGCAAGGGAUCUUCAUGACUUAAGUUCUCAUAUUGAUCAAUAUAUCAAUCAGCUUAAUGCCAGGAUCGAGCUCUUUACUGAAAAUGGUGAGUCUUCUUCUUCCUUUCCUCCUCCGCUUGCUGUUUCGGAUCUUCCUGUUGUUACAGAUCAAGCUGCGGUUCAGCCCUAUAUCCCUACUGUUUUCAGUGAUGAUAUUCAAUAUCAAAAUCUGAAUUUGAAUCAAAAUCAACAAGAGCCGGCUCAAUACCAGGCUCCUAUUGAUAUGAUUUUGGAUCCAAAUCAGUAUCCGUUUCAACAUGACCCAUUCAUGAAUAUGUUGAUUGAAUAUCCUCAUCAGCAAGUGGGUAGUUAUGUUGGAGAUCAUGCACACAUCCCUUUCAUGGACGAAAACUACAACUACCACCAACUACCAACUGUUGGUCUUACUACCACCGGUCACAUGCCUGUCACCACCACCACUACCACCACCACCGUCACCACCACCGAUGUUUCUGCUCCUUACAUCAAUAAUCAUCUUUAUUCAGAAGAUGGAGACUUUUAAGUGAUGUGUUUAAGUAUUUGCAUUUGUCUUUGUUCAUUUCAAAAGACAAGUUUUUAAUUUUUCUUUUCUUUUCAAUUAAUUGUUGUAAGAGUUAAAGGUUUUACCUUUAAGUUAGCUCUUUUUUUUUUGUAUCAUGUAAUGUAUUUCUGAGCCGUAGAGCCGGAGAUUUCAGUUAUAUUUGAAGAAGUUUGGUCACAAAUGAUUUUUCCUUUUAUUUUUGUUCCUUUUGUUUUUUUUGGUGAAUGAGAGGGUCUCCCCCGA